AACACUUGUUAGCUUCCAGUUGUCUUUGUCUCUUUACAUUGUUAUCUAUUCAUAAACACCAUUUUCUGUACGCGAUCGGAAUUUUUUUUUGCUUAAAAAUAAAAUACAUUUCCAUUGAAUUGUUUUUAUCUAGUCUACGAGGUGUUUCUAUUUAAUUUUGACAAGAGUGAUCACGCUACAUUCUAAUUUAUCAAUAUUCUACGAAGAGUAUACUUUUAAAAUGUCUCUGCCAAUCGCAUAUCUUACACGAAAAGAAACUUUUAGCGCAUGUCAUCGCUUGCACAGCAAAGAUUUGACCGAUGAAGAAAAUCAAGUGGUUUACGGGAAAUGCAAUCACAUUAAUGGACAUGGUCACAAUUACACAGUUGAAGUUACCAUACGUGGAGUUGUUGACAGAAAAACCGGCAUGGUUAUGAACAUAAAUGAAUUGAAGGAGCACAUGGAACAAGCAAUAAUGAAACCAUUAGACCAUAAGAAUUUGGACAAAGACAUUGAAUUCUUUAAAGUUCAGCCAAGCACAACUGAAAACGUUGCCGUAUUUAUUUGGCAAAAUUUAACAAAACGUAUGCAUCGCCCGGAAUUGUUGUACGAGGUGAAAGUUUACGAAACCGAUAAAAAUAGUGUUAUUUAUCGUGGACGAGUCUUUAACAAUGGCAAUUCAAAGGUACCAAGCGGCGUCUCAUCGGAUUCUGACUAAUUACUACAAAUAAAUCCACACCUAAAAUGACAAAUUCCUUAAGAUUCCGGUAUCAUCAAUAAAGGGUCCCGUCAACAAAACACA